CACAUGCACAACAACAACAUCGUUUACCGUACCCAUAGAAAUUAUAUAUGUAUGUUUGUUUAAUGAUUAUGGCCGUCUUAACAAGCCCAACAACCCACGUCCUGCACUAUCACACUACAAUAUGUUCAUAUCGCUUAUCCGAAAUCCAAAUAAAUCACUAAUCAGUAAUCAGGAUUCUUAAACGUAUCGUUGUAUCAAACAUCAGCCAUUAUGAUUUUUUCGCGGCGUUCGUUGGUGAUUAUACAAGACGUGCACGAGUAUGUCGUAUGAUCGUUUCACGUUCAUUAGCAGCUCUGCGCAACCGUCAGAAAUCCAGUAAAGUUCGACUUGAAGUUUUCGCGGCCAACGCAAUCCGGUAUUUAAUUCGACAGCACUACACGUCUGAUUCAGAGCCAGUCCAGUUUUGUUACGAACGAAAUAAACGGUUAUAAUAAAUGUACGACCAUGGACGACAAGAUUGAACUCAAAACCGAGCAUUCGUUGCCGACCAAGACCGAACCGACCGACGAAGACAUGGCUUUACCGCUGACCAACAAUGAGGCAGUAUGUCUUACCAAUAAUGAACAAAUAUUGAACUGUGAACAGUCGUCGGUCAGUGAAUUCAACAGCAUAGACCAUUCCAAUAUACAGCAGACCGCCAAAGACAAGAUAGUUACCAGCUCUCAAUAUCUCGCUGCCCAAACUUCCAUUACAGACAUGAGUGAAAAAUCUUGGGAAACUCAUGCCAUUACUCCUCCUGCAUUGUUCCAAACAAAUUCUGAAAUUAUAUUACACGGUCCUCAUAAAGAAGUUCAUGGUUCAACAUCUGAAGGAACUACAUUAAUUAAUUCUGAUAGAGAAAUCAAAUUGCCUACAGAAAAUAAGGAAAAAUCAAUUGACAAUUUAUAUCCUGAAUAUGAUUACAUUUUUUGUAUUGCAGCUAUAAGUAGGAUAACACCAAAUAGUUCAAAACUACUUGCGAUAUCAAAAAUUGAUUCAAACAUUAAAGUUGAUAUUAAGUCUGAUGUAUCUUCUCUUAAUGGUUAUGCAGCUGAUCAUUCUAGUUCAUCAAAUUCAACUUGUGGCCAUUUAAUUGAAGAGCCAUUUUUGGUACCAAAAGCUCCACGAGAUUCAUUUAUAUCAUCAUCUAGUAGUGCUUCAUCAACUGGAAUACUUUUACAGCAAUCAAAAUCCAAACAUAACAAUAUUUUACUAUCAAAAAAUGUAUACACUUAUCCAGAAAGUUUAACUUGUCAUAAGUGUAACUAUGUUUAUCCACGGGUUACAGAAAAUUGUAUUGCUAGUAGUAUGGAUAAUAAAGAUUUCCAGAAUGAACCACAAACUAAAACUCGUGCUGGAAAGACAAGACAAAAAAGAAAACCCAAACAAAAUAAUGAUAGUAGUUCAAAAAAAAUAUUAAAAAAUACAAGACAACAAAAUUCUGAAAAUGUUUUCAAUGAAAAUAAGGAUGUUAAAAUAGAGGAACCUAAAUGUUAUGAUACUCCAAUUAAUUCUGUUGAAAAUACAACAAGUGAUCCUGUUACAUUUAAAAUAGGGGAUAAAAUAUUUGCUUACUGGAUGGCAGAUAAAAUGUUUUACCCAGCCGUUAUAAUUGAUACUGCACCCCCAAAAUUUAAAGUAGAAUUUAUAUCUGACUACUAUAUAAAACUAUUAAAUUCUGAUUGUCUUGUACAUAGUGAAGCUCUAAAAAUUGGGACUCUUGUUGCAAUAUUUGAUACUGUUUCCCAAGAAUAUAGAGUUGGUGAAAUUGUUACUAUUAAUGAAGUACCCAAUGGUGACAAAACAUUUACUGUAGACUUAAAUUCAGAGGUGGUCGUUGUUCCUUUUGAUAAACUAGUAUUGGAUGUUGAAAAAGCAAGAAAGUUACAAGAUAAAACUGUAUUAAAAAAUUAUCAUAGACUUAGCUUGUCUAAUGUAUCUGAAGGAAAAAGACUUCGUUUAUCCCGAUCAACUAGUACAAAAAGUAAAACUACAGUAAAUGAAUCUAGUAAACGUAAGAAAACUAAACAAGAUGCUCCAGAAACAACCAAUAGAAAAAAACGAAAAUGCCUAUUUCCUGAAGUACCUGAUCCUAGAAACAUUCCUAGUACAAGCACUGGAAUUACUGGAGAUGAUUAUGAUGAAGGAAACUUCCAAGCUGCUUCAUCAGAUUCAGACUUUGAUCACGUAAGGGAAGAUUUAACGAAUGUGAACAUGGCUCAAUUAAAAAACUCCGACAUUGAUAGCGAGUAUUCAUCUCCUGACAAAAUUAACCGUACAGUUGUGUCUCCCCCCAAUAAAUCUAUAAAAAUAUUUGAGAACUCACACUUUAUUAUCUCUUAUUCUAAAUAUAAACGGAUACCAAUGUCUAAUGACAGUGAUCAGGGUACUGAUCAUGAAAUCAACCAACAUUCACAUUAUUUCAAACCAGAUAAAGUCCAUAAAAAGUAUCUCGAAUCCCUAAUAUAUAAGCAUGGCGGUGCUGUUCAUAGGUACUUGAAUGUGUUACCAAAGUCCUGUUACAAAUGUUCAUACAUUAUUACUGAUACUCCUUCACAAACUUGUAAUUUUUUAUUGGGUUUGAGUCUUGGUAUACCAGCUUACCAUCAUAGAUGUAUUGAACAUGCUAUUUCUCAAAAAAUGUCAUUUUCCGAGUUUUUAAUAAAGAAUGAUGUUAAACCUAUACCAAAUGGUUGGUCAGUUGAAAAGAAAGAAGUUAUUUUCCGUUCACCUGAUACUGUACACUCAAAUAUAUUUUCUGAUUAUGUUAUAUAUGUAGCUUUAUCAGAUGAACCUAAAAAUAACUUUUUUUCCAGUUUGUUAAAAUUUUCUGGUGCUAUUGUGUACACUAUCAGUAAAAAAGGAGCGGUAAGUCUGCCAUUAAUACGCCACAUGACUGUAAUUAUUACUGACGACCAUUGUCCGAGCACAAUCAUGAAUCAAAAAAUUCCCAAGCUAUCAACUUUAUGGAUAGUUCAAAGUUUAAUAUGCGAAUCCCCACGUCCUUUUGAUGCCCACGAGAGUUAUAUCGCAAUAAGCGAUACAAGCGAUUAAACAAGUACCCAACAAUUAUUGCUUGACGAUAAGAUUUGAUAUUUUAUAACUAAUUAAAUGUUAAUAAACCAUUUUCAAAUAACUAAUUUAUUUUUUGGUAAAUUGAAAAAAUAAACACCGAUGUAUAUUUUUAUACAUUUUUGAAUUAUGUAUAAAUAUUAUUUUUUGAUGUUAUGUUGUGUAGUAUAAGUUAUUAUAAAAAUAUUGAUGUCUGCUCAUAAUAGUAAAUGUUCCAAUACUCUAACCUGGCAUGUUAUAGUUGCUAAUGCAUGUGCUAUUCAUUGUUACUAAUUUUAAUUUUUUUUUUUCUAUGUUAUCUCAUUAAAUUAUAACAAUCCAAUAUAUUUAAACGAAAAGAACGUUUGUGGCGAAAUAAUGAUUAGAAUAUUGUAAACAUUGGCAAUAUUUGCACUACGAUUAUGAUUUGUGUAUGUUUUUCCCAAACAAUUUUAUUUUUGUCAUUUUGUCAUCAUGUAGUAUGAUGGUACAUUAUUGUGUAUUAUUAAAUAAUUAUGAUUGUUUAUAGAAAUAAAUGUAUGUGAAAAUAACA